GCGCGGCGCCGAGGCCGUGACGUCACCGCCGCGACGGGGCGGAGAGCGGCACCGGGAGCGGGAUCGCGGCCCGGUCAGGCGCCAUGACCAAGCUGGGGCAGUGGCUCUGCGGGCUGGCCCUGCUGGGCUCGGCCUGGGCCGCGCUGGCUCUGGCCCCGCCGGGGCUGCAGCCGCCGGCACCGCUGCGCCAGGCCCUGCUGCCCCUGCCCGUCUACCUGCUGGUGGCCUUCGGCUGCUACUCGCUGGCCACCGUGGGCUACCGCCUGGCCACCUUCAACGACUGCGAGGAGGCAGCGGCCGAGCUGCAGGAGCACAUCAGGGCGGCCCGGGCCGACCUGCGCCGGCGGGGGCUGCGCCUGUGACAGCAAUAAAACCCAGGGACGGCG